UUCAGUUACAUAAAGCCAGACUUCUAGGAACACUAAGGUUCACCAGUCUGUGGUUGAGGGCUGGUAAGAGAGCAGAGUUGUAUUUUACACUGAGGCACGAUGUUCCCUACGCUGGUACUGAUGGUGCUGCUGUGCCUUGCUACCGGGUCCUUGGCUUGUGACGCUGGCACAUCACCUUUUAAAUCCACAGGGAUCGCUUGCAGAGUCACCAAACCGGCUGCCUUGGUUUUAAAUCAGAAAACUACUCAAGUGAUCCAGGCUGCAUUCAGACAUGCUAAAUAUCCCAGCAUGAAAGGGGAGAAGUCCAUACUGUUCAUUGGGAAGGUUUUGUAUGGGUUAAACAAUUUAGAAAUCCACAACCUGUCGAUAGGUAAGAGUGAGGUGGAGCUGAGAGAAAACGAUGCCAUUGGGAUUGAAAUCCACAACGUCAGCGCGACCUUCAAGGGGACCUUGCACUACGGUUACGGGUCGUGGCUCUUCAACCUGGGGCAUUCCGUCGACUUUGAAAUUGAAUCUCACAUCGAUCUGCGGGUCAACACAAAGCUGUACUGUGGGAAAGGGAGAGUCACUGCGGACACUUCAGACUGCACCCUGACCUUCCACAAGCUGCUACUACAUCUGCAGGGCGACAAGCAGCCGGGAUGGAUGAAGAAGCUCUUCACAGACUUCAUCUCCUUCACUGUGAAGCUUGUCAUUAAAAGUCAGAUCUGCAAAGAAAUCAACACUGUAGCCAAUAUAAUGGCGGACUUCAUACAGGAGCGUGCAGAACUCUUCCUAAGUGACGGGGACAUAGGAGUGGAUAUCUCAUUGACAACAUCACCGUCCAUGAGAGCGAGCUACAUAGAGUCCCACCAUAAGGGGCUUGUUUUGUACAGAAAGGUCCCGUCUUCAUUCCUCAACGAGUCCGUGUUCAGCCCUGCCUUGCUGUCGGAGUCGCGCAUGUUGUAUUUCUGGAUCUCUGAUCAGGUUCUGAAUCCCAUGGUGAAGGCUGCCCACGAGGAUCGCCGCUUCAUACGCCACAUAGCAGGAGACGAGUUAAAGGAACUGUUUCAAGUUGAUCUGUCCAGGACCAUGCCUGAUAUCUUAAACCAGAUCAUUUCUUCUGACAACCCGGUGGCUAAGGUGUGGAGCCUGGCAGCCCCGGAGCUAUCGAUGGUCCCACAGGGCACCAUAGUGAAGAGCGCAGCCGCUGUGGAGCUGAGGAUCAACUCCAGCGACGCAGAAUCACCGGCUCUUUAUAUUGAAACGGAUGUUGAAGUAGCUGUUCAAGCUUCUUAUGCAAAUAAGAAAUUGUUCUUGGAUGCCAACCCUAUAUCGAUAACUAUAAGGAAGGUAUCAGACUCCGCUGGGAUGGAUCUGGAUACAGACUCUGACAUGGAUUAUUUUAAAGAAAUGGUCCACAGGAUUGGCAUACCGAAAGUGAUCUCAUAUCUGGAACCUGGUUUAACAUCGCUGAUGGACAGUAACGACCUCAAUUUAUUUGAAAUUAUUAAUCCUGAGAUUAUAACACAAGAGGGAUAUGUUGUCAUUCAGCUGGACUUUGGGUUUCCUCACCAUUUGCUUGUGGAUUUCCUCAAAAAAAACUUUUAGCGAGAGCGCUCCUGUUAACAGAAUAGUGAUUUUCAGUUUGAGAUCAAAGAAUUCUGAAAUGUCACUGUUUCUGUCAUACAUUUAGACCAGCGUUGUUAAGUGAAUGUGCAGUGGGAGAAAACGGUAGUAACCAACACAUUAAAGUCAUCAUAUUCCUAACCCCCACACUAUCUCUCUGGGAUCUCGAUGGGAAUCCAAAGGUUACUUGUACAGUUUUAAUGCCAGGGGAUUACCGGAAGCUGCAGCACCAUAGAGAGAGGCUGCAUAAUCAAAGCAGUUCGGCAAAUCAGCCCACUUUAUAAUUCUCUACUUAAAAUUGGCAGGUUGGAUCAAAGUCAGACUGGAUAGAGUCUGAAACUGCAUGAAAACUAAGCAGCGUACGUACUGCAUUGUACCACGUUUACGUCAUGGGGGGGGCUUGUUGCAUGAUGUUUUAUCGUUUAACAGGGCAUGUUUUGUUUGACACACCACCUUUUCUGACCGGGAAGCGUCUCUUAUUUUGUAUCAUCCUUCUAUGUAAUUUAAAGCUACUAUUCUUUAACGGAGUGACAAAAUCUAGUAGAGUAUGGACUGGCAAUCGGGAUUUCUUAUACUGCAUUACCAGUACAAAUUCUGCUGACAGUCACACACCCCUGGAACAUUGCUGCCAGUGGCUUAACAAUAAAGAUCUGAUUUGUAUGUUA